AGAGGAGCGUUUGUACACUAUCCUUAAUUUGUGUCCAAAUUAAGAGGUUGUAUCCUGUAAGAGGCCUGCCUUAGGCUUCAUGAUAUACAUGAUUUUGUUAUGCUGACAGUCGUUCUUGAUGUGUGUUGAAAUCCUGGCUCAUCACAGAUGUCCCCCAGCAGUAUUCCUGUGUUGAAGCCAUGAACAUUACGGACCCCGCAAUCUGCUACAUCCUCGAUGGGCUCCUGCUGCUGUACAGCAUCGUCAUGACGGCGCUCUUCUUCCGGGCCAAGUUUGGGAACCAAAGUACUUCGAAAGAAGAAGGCAUCUAUUCGGACCUAAAUAGGGCACCUGACACCUACGACCAGCUGAGGGGCCCGAACGACCCAGAGAGCGGGACAGUGCAGCGCCAGAGGCCAGGCAAUGAUGGCGUUUACACGCCGCUGCAGAAAAAGGACGAAGACACCUACAAACAGAUCACAGUGAAUAGAGAGCGUCGGAGAAACAAGACCGAACAAGUGUACCAGGGCCUGACCGGAGCCACUAGAGACACUUAUGAUGCCCUGCAGAUGCAGCCCAUGCUCCCCCCCCGCUAAAGCGCAGGACCCCCCAGGCUGUCCUUCCAGAAGGCUGAAGCUGUAUUCACUGAGACCAAAGUCCCCUUAUGGUUUUUGCAGAGCACAGUAGGACGGUUGGUGAAGGAUCGGGGUUCAAGUUCAUUAAAGCUAAAAAAAUUAGGCUGGGUGGCUUCCUGGUGUAUCGAUCUGCUCUGGAUUAUUUGUUUAGCAAAAGAAAAUGUUAGUCAUACAAUGAAGCAAAAUAUUUAUAAUAGCAGAUACAGUUUUUGAAGAUUUGGUGCAUUUGGAAGUUACACGAAAGACCAAAAACGAGAUGGUGGUUCACCACACGAUCGCAGCUGCAGGAGCAUCACCAGCUUUGUGGGUGUCAGUGAAGGGCUGUUUGACGUUUACAGUAAUCUCUCUGUUUUCAGCUCUGUUUCUAAAUGUCCAGGUAUCACACACCAGUUUUACCAGAAAAGGUUAUUCCUGUCUAAUCACUCUUGGAAGUGCUUAGGUACAAACAUGACAAAUUUUUAAUGUACAUAGUUUUAGCUCAUUGUUUAGUAAACUUUUAUGUUUAUUUACAUUAGGAACAUCACAAAAAGUGUAUCAGAAAAGUUUUUAAUGUACUAGAGGUUGUAGAGAACUUUACAUUUCAAGUAAUCCAUUUAAGAUUUUACCCUGUGAUAAACAGUUCUUUACUGGGUUGAUAGUUAUACUAUAAAAUCUGCCUAUUUCUGAAGUAUCCUCAUUUAUGUAAAGUUUAGAUACUCCCUGGGUUACAAAAGGUAUUUUUAUCUGCUAAAAUUAUUUACCGACUCGUUGUACAAAAUAAAGGUGUUUCAUUACA